AUGCCGGCCGGUGUUCCUAUGCGACAGUAUCUGUCCUUCAUGGCAGCCGCGCUGCUGUCCAUGUUUGUCGGAUCGCAAGUAGUGCACACGUACUAUCACCCGCUACGAGACCUUAACUACUACGUCGAGCGAGAAAUCAAGAUGCAACGGUUACGCGAAGUGGCACAGCCACCGGAAAACUCAGCUCCUGCUCAGGGAAGCUAAAUAAAAGCCUGAAGUUGAACUAGUUGAUAAA